UUGAAAUCCUUGUGAAAGCUGUCACUUAAGAUUCGAUCAAGUUAACACAAUUAAACCAUUCUCAUAUAUUUUAACUGAUGUCUGACCAUGAAUCACCAUGGAGCUGAUGUUCCAGAGAGUCACGUCCACCAUCACGGCUCUGAUCCUGGUGCGCCGAGCACCGUUCACGAAGGACACCAUUCGCCUGGGAUGUCACAUGAUGCAGCUCAUGGGAAUGCCAAGCACACUGAUCACGGAGGCGGGGUACACGACAUGACCAUGUCGAUGUUUUUUCAUGCCGGCGACACGGAGACCAUACUGUUCAAGUUCUGGCAUACUGAUUCCGCUUUGGCUUUGACUUUGUCCUGUAUUUUCAUUUUCCUAAUGGCCGUGCUUUACGAGGCCCUGAAGUGCUUCAGAGAGUGGCUGUUUGCAUGGAACAGGAGAAGAUUGGCGGGCGGUCGGGAUCAGUACACUGCCCCGAGGCGCUACAGGGAGGCCAACUACAACUACAACCAGCCGACAUAUCCCCCGAGGAGUCACCAGCAGUCUGGCACCCAGAUAUACGCCUACCGCCCAAGGUCGCCCUCGAUGCCACCGCUUGGAAACCAGUCUCCGCCAGCUCAGCCUCCGACUAUUCUCACCCCCCAUCAGCCCCUUCACCAUCAUCAUGUUCAGCAGGAUCCCUCGGAAACCAGGGAACCCUCGAGGCUUAAGUUUCUGUGCUCCAGGAUGCACAUCCUGCAGACCCUCCUGCAUAUCCUGCAGGUGCUCAUCUCCUUCCUGCUGAUGCUCAUCUUCAUGACCUUCAACGUGUGGCUCUGUCUGGCCGUUUUGUUGGGCGCCGGAGUGGGUUACUACAUUUUCGGAGCCUUCGGCAGCCACGUUUCGGACCAUUGCAACUGAAAAAAAGGACUAAGACGACGAGCUGUCUAGGACCGCUGCUAAUGUGCUUUUCUAAUUAAAGCGAGCUGUAAAAAUCAUAACGGCUUGGGUACCCGGCCUAAUUGUUAAUGUUUAUGGCUCGUAAAACAAUGAAUGCUGCAUCUUCUGCCGGCUAAAUUAAGGGGCAUCUGCACAAUGUGGGUUUUCGUGU